CUUUCCAGCUCCGAAAGAAAUUGAAAAAAGAGAGUGAUUGAAUCCAAAAAUCAAGUUGAAACCAGCAAGGUAAGGAGACAGAUUCACAUAAAGUUAUUGUAGAAGCUUAAACAUGGUGGAGGCUGCGGUCUCAUGGAUGAUACGAGAUCUCGAGAGUUUGCAUGUUACAUGUACAAAAUGCUUGGAGAGAUUAGUCAUCAAGAGCAAAAUUGAAGAGCUGGAAAAGAUGUUGGAUUUCUUGAGAGACUUGAAAUCAAAAGAGAAGAGCAGGCUAGAAAAUUUAAUAGCUGACUUGGUCGAAUUGGCUUACAAUGUCAUGGACGUGGACCUUUCCUGUUACGUGCUCAAGGACCUCCAAGAAAAGAUCAAGGUGACAAAGAUGCGGAUGAUACACCUUCGAGCUGAUGAGGAAAAUAUUGGAGACAAAGAAGAAGCCGAGGAAGAGGAAGUUGUGGUCACAAAAAGAAGCUUAAACAUGGCGGAGGCUGCGCUCUUAGGGAUGAUAGAAGAUCUCAAAAGUUUGCUUGUUACAUGUAAGAAUAGCUCCAACAAAUCGAUGUUAGAGUGCAAAAUUGCUGAGCUUACACAUUUGCUAGAUUUCUUGAAAGACUUGAAAAUGGAAGAGACGAGAAGGCUAGAAUAUUUCACUGCUGACUUGGUCCAGUUGGCUCAAGAUGUCAUGGACUUGGAAAGUUGUAGAUUCCGAGUCCAAAAUUACGUAUGAGUUCCUCGUUGAUGAUAAAGAAGAAGACGAAGAUGAAGAAGUGGUGGGGUUGGAGGAAAACGUUAAGCAGUUGCUUGACAGAGCGAUAUUAAAAAAUUUUGAUCACCUACAGAUUUUUUUAAUUAAAGGCAUGAUUGGUAUCGGGAAGACAACUCUCGCCAGACAAUUGUACAAGGCCGGAGCUGGCCCGUUCCAGUGUCAUGCUUGGGUACGCAUUUCUAGUGACACGACUAACAGAGAGAUACUUAUGAAACUUAUAAAGCAAAUGGUGGGACGAUAUGCAAAACCCGAUCCGCCAUUGGAUGAAAUGGACAACCGAAGUCUCCUACGGAUGCUUCACGGGCACCUGCGACUAAAUAAUUCAUAUUUCAUAGUUUCGGACAAUAUGCUGGAAGAAACGGAUUUGAAGUACAUCUUGAAAGGUCUUCCAUCUCGAGACUCUGAUGGAAGCAGAUCGACGUUGCUGUUAACAAGCCGCUAUGAGAUUACAAAAACCAGUGUCAAUUAUACUCAUGAGAUGAAGGCUUUGGAUUCUAAUAAGAGCUGGCAAUUGUUUUUGAAAACAGUUAAUAAAAUUACAAGGGAUGUGAAUAAAUUCUCAAAGGAGUUGGAGAGGAAGGGCAAAGAGAUGUUGAAAAAAUGUGGGGGUUUGCCGUUGGCUAUAAGAGAUGUUGCAAGGCAGAAAGCAAAACAAAGACUUUCAGGUAUGGAAUGGGAACAAGUUUUUGAUUCAGUUGAUUUGAGUGAAUCGUUGAAGUUAUUGGAACCGAUGUAUCAUGAAUUGGAAGACCGUGUCAAGCCACAUUUCUUGUAUUUGUCCUUUUUUAAGGAAAAUGCAAUAAUGAGAGAAGAAAAGUUGGAACAGAUUUGGGCUGCAAAUGGAUUACAUUUCGUACAAGUUACAUGGAUUUUUGCUCAUCAAUCGAUUCUUGAAGUUGUGAAGCAACACUAUUUCAAAAAAAGGUGUCGCCUCAAUCCUCUAUUACACAUGAUAUCAAUCAAAAAGGCAGAAGAGGAAAUGGGCUUAGAGAUCUUAAGGAGCAAUGGAAACAGUAGGCCCUCUCCCUCUCAGAAUGCCCGUCAUCGUAUUAUCCGUUGUGGCAGAGAGAAAUUUAAUCAUUUCACAAAUGAAGAUAGCAAACAACUUAUUUCUCUCAUCUUCCAUGGAGGUGGUAGCUACUUGGACAACGCGAGCUCGUCUUAUUGGGAGAGUUUUGAAUCACUCAAAAUACUUGACAUGGAAGAUUUUGGGGUGAAGACUUUAUCAGAAGCAAUCGGUGCGUUGGUUAAGCUAAGAUACUUAGGAUUGAGAAACAAUUACAUACAAGAGAUCCCACACUCGCUGGAGCAUCUGGAAAAACUUGAAGUUCUUGAUAUAGCACAGAACUUUCUGGUGAAGGUGCCAAAUAUUAUAUGGCCAAUGGGCAACCUUCGUAAUCUCCACAUGUCUAAUGUGAUUUUCCGGAAGCCUUUGAAAGUAGAUGUGCUGCGGAAUUUGGAGACCCUAGCAUACAUCUCGAUUUAUGAUUGGACAUAUGAGGACCCAAGCUUCAGGAUGAAACUCCGAAUGUUGGGCAUUGAAGAUGUUGAUGAAAACUCGGAUGUAGGCAAGCUCUUUGCAUCACUAGCUAAGUUUCCGAACAUUGAUGCUCUUUCCGUGAGAGGGUUUCGUUUUAGAAGCAUGCCGUGUUUGGAUGAAAUUGGUGGUAUACAAAGACUCAAGGUACUAAAAGUAGAUGGGCGCAUAGGUAGGCUACCAAAUGCAGAUAAUCUACCUCAAGAGAUUGAGUACAUAGCAUUGAUAAAUACUUGUCUUGAUGAAGACCCCAUGCCGAUAUUAGAGAAGCUCAGUUCCCUAAGCAAGCUCAAACUGCGAAAUGCAUACACUGGUCAGGAAAUGGUGAUCCAACAAGGCGGAUUUCCUAAGCUUGAUGCGCUUGACAUCAAUGAAUUGUGGAAUCUUAGAAUGAUACAAGUUGGUGUUUAUGGAAUGUGGAGUCUCAAGAAACUAGAAAUCAAUAACUGUCCACAUCUGGAGACACUCCCGAAACGGAUUCGGUGGUUGUCUGAACUGCAAAAGUUUAAGAUGGUAACAACAAAACACAAUGCAACAAAGAUCAGAAAUUCAGGUUUGACCUCCGAAAUUAUAGAGGAGGAUAUCCAACCAUAGUUUGACGUUGAUAUAUAUCUGUUUAGUUGAGUGCAUAUUUUUCUUCUUUCAAUUCUUUUUUUGUUUAUAUGCAAAUUGUUGAAUGGUAUAGACAACAUAUUUAGAGAAGAAAGC